ACUAAUAGGGCUUCGCUUCCUCGAUUUCAUACACAGCCCUGGCUCAUAUAAAAAAGAGUUCUUCAGGAGAGCGGAAAAAUCAGAGCACUUCCACUAUCGGUGAAAUGUGUAGAAAGAUAGCAGAAGCUACCCUCCUCAAAAAAAUGAUGAGUUUGAUGAAAAGAAAUUAACAAGCUGUGUGGGUGUGCGGCACAUGAUCAGCCAUGCUUGCUAAGUCUGUCUGUUGGUUGUUGCUAUGGCUACGAAAAGCCAGUGGAACCCAAUGAGCUGUCUGCAGCAGUGCUGAGAGGACCAGCCAUUUUACUUAUGGAAAACAGUGUGGCAUAUUCUGCUGAGCUUCACCCUGGAAGAAGCCUCUUUUAUACAUCUCUUCAGGGAAGAGAGAAGCAAUGGGCAUGUUAGUAUACAAUGAUCACAGCCACGCAGGCCUGCAAGCUGCCGUUUGGACAGGCUGUUGACUGCUGUUCCAAUUAGCUGAUUGGAGAACGUGGAAUGCAGAGUGAUAAUGCUGCGUAUCUGCUAUCAGGCAGCAGCACAGGUUUUUGUCUUGGGAAGGCAAGCUUUCCCUGCAAUAUUAUCUCAGCAGCUCCCUAGCUGCUUACCCUGAAAACGAGGGAUCCAAACGGAGGGUGUUGCCCUCUGCUAAGGCUGGUCCUGUGCGUGGUUGUAGCAUAUGAGCGGCAGGUCUGAAAAAGCAGGUGUGUGCUGGGACGGGCACUGGACUGGAACGCAGGCGGACGCUCUCGGGUUUACCUGCUUCCUGUUAACAGAUUGUGGGCUCCCAGGGCAUAUGUCUGCACGCUGAGGCCGAGGCGGAGAAGGGGCUUCCUGGGCAUCCCACCACACUGACAGAGACACUUGGAUUGGACUUAAUCUUAAACCUCUGGAGUUCAAGACCUUUUAAAAAGGGCUAAAUAAACAAUCUCUACAUGUAAAAGGCCACUGACUCCUACUUCCUCUGCAUAGAACAACUGUUGAACUCAGCUGGCUGUAGGAAAACUGAAGACUUUAAUAACAAACUCUCCAAGGUCAAAAUGAACACAGAUAGCGGUGGGUGUGCUCGCAAACGUGCCGCCAUGUCUGUUACGCUAACAUCUGUGAAGAGAGUGCAAAGUUCUCCAAACCUAUUGGCUGCAGGCCGUGAUUCUCAGUCACCAGACUCAGCUUGGAGAUCUUACAAUGAUGGCAAUCAAGAGACACUGAACGGAGAUGCUACAUAUUCCUCUCUUGCAGCAAAAGGUUUUAGAAGCGUUCGACCAAACCUACAAGAUAAAAGAUCACCAACUCAGAGCCAGAUAACAGUGAAUGGAAACUCUGGAGGUGCCGUGAGUCCCAUGAGUUACUAUCAGAGGCCGUUUUCCCCCUCGGCAUAUUCUCUCCCAGCCUCACUCAACUCCAGCAUCGUCAUGCAGCACGGCACGUCCCUUGAUUCCACAGAGACGUAUCCCCAGCACGCGCACUCUCUGGAUGGCACCACCAGCAGCUCUGUCCCCCUGUACCGAUCCUCAGAGGAAGAGAAGAGAGUCACCGUCAUCAAAGCCCCGCAUUACCCAGGGAUCGGGCCCGUGGAUGAAUCCGGAAUCCCCACAGCAAUUAGAACGACAGUCGACCGGCCGAAGGACUGGUACAAGACGAUGUUUAAGCAAAUUCACAUGGUGCACAAGCCGGAUGAUGACACAGACAUGUAUCAUACUCCUUACACAUACAAUGCAGGUCUGUACAACCCACCCUACAGUGCUCAGUCACACCCUGCUGCAAAGACCCAAACCUACAGACCUCUUUCCAAAAGCCACUCCGACAACAGCACUAAUGCCUUUAAGGAUGCGUCCUCCCCAGUGCCUCCCCCACAUGUUCCACCUCCAGUCCCACCACUUCGACCAAGAGACCGGUCUUCAACAGAAAAGCAUGACUGGGAUCCUCCCGACAGAAAAGUGGACACAAGAAAAUUUCGGUCUGAGCCAAGGAGUAUUUUUGAAUAUGAACCUGGCAAGUCAUCAAUUCUGCAGCAUGAAAGACCAGCCUCCUUGUAUCAGUCGUCUGUAGACAGAAGCCUGGAAAGACCCAUGAGUUCUGCAAGCAUGGCCAGUGACUUCAGGAAGCGGAGGAAGAGCGAGCCUGCAGUGGGUCCACCACGGGGCUUGGGAGAUCAAAGUGUGAGCAGGACUAGCCCAGGCCGAGCGGACCUCCCAGGAUCAAGCACCACCCUUACAAAGUCUUUCACUAGCUCUUCUCCUUCUUCCCCAUCGAGAGCAAAAGGUGGGGAUGAUAGCAAAAUGUGUCCAUCCCUUUGCAGUUACUCAGGGCUCAACGGCAACCCCUCCAGUGAGUUAGAUUACUGUAGCACUUAUAGACAGCACUUAGACGUCCCUCGGGACUCCCCAAGGGCCAUCAGUUUCAAGAACGGCUGGCAAAUGGCCCGGCAAAACGCAGAAAUCUGGAGCAGCACAGAAGAAACCGUUUCUCCCAAAAUGAAAUCCCGGAGCUGUGACGAUCUCCUAAAUGAUGACUGCGAGAGCUUCCCGGACCCGAAAAUCAAGUCAGAAAGUAUGGGCUCCCUGUUGUGUGACGAGGACUCCAAAGACAGCUGCCGCAGAGCCUGGGGGUCGCCCUACAUCCAGGAGGUUCGCAGCGCCGGCAGGUCAAGGAUCAGACACCGGUCAGCCCACAACGCCCCGGGGUUCCUAAAGAUGUACAAGAAGAUGCACCGCAUUAACCGCAAGGACCUGAUGAAUUCCGAGGUGAUCUGCUCCGUGAAGUCCAGGAUACUGCAGUACGAGAGCGAGCAGCAGCACAAGGGCCUGCUGCAGGCCUGGAGCCAGUCCUCCACGGAGGAGGUGCCCCGAGACAUGGUGCCCACGCGCAUUUCCGAAUUCGAAAAGCUGAUUCAGAAGUCCAAAUCCAUGCCCAAUUUAGGGGAUGACAUGCUAUCUCCCGUCACCCUAGAACCACCACAAAACGGCUUAUGUCCCAAGAGGCGAUUCUCCAUUGAGUAUUUGCUGGAGGAAGAAAAUCAGAGUGGACACCCCUCUCAGGGCCAACGAGGCUGCACGUCUAACGCCCUGGUGCCCAUUCACAUUGAAGUCACCAGCGAUGAGCAGCCCAGAGCUCACGUGGAGUUUUCCGACAGCGACCAGGAUGGGGUUGUGUCUGACCACAGUGACUACAUUCACGUAGAGGGGUCAUCCUUCUGCAGUGAAAGUGACUUUGAUCACUUUUCCUUCACAUCCUCGGAAAGCUUUUAUGGAUCCAGCCACCACCACCACCACCAUCACCACCACCACCACCGCCACCUCAUCAGCUCCUGCAAAGGCAGAUGCCCGGCCUCCUACACUCGAUUUACCACGAUGUUGAAACACGAAAGAGCCAGACACGAAAACCCCGAGGAGCCCAGAAGGCAAGAAAUGGACCCUGGCCUUUCUAAACUGGCUUUUCUAGUCAGCCCUGUGCCUUUCCGCAGGAAAAGAAAUUCAGCCCCCAAGAAACAGACUGAAAAGGCAACAUGUAAAGCAUCUGUGUUUGAGGCUCUGGACUCUGCCCUUAAAGACAUCUGUGACCAAAUUAAAGCUGAAAAGAAAAGGGGGAGCUUGCCAGACAACAGCAUCUUGCACCGUCUCAUCAGUGAGCUGCUGCCAGAUGUUCCCGAGAGGAACUCGUCCCUGAGGGCACUGAGGAGGAGCCCCCUGCACCAGCCUCUCCACCCACUGCCUCAAGAUGGUGCUAUUCAUUGUCCACCCUACCAGAAUGAUUGCGGGAGAAUGCCUCACAGUGCCUCUUUCCAAGAUGUGGACACAGCCAACAACUACCACCACCACCAGGACCGUGGCGGUGCACUCCAAGGCCGUGAGUCCCCUAGAAGUUACUCAUCCACUUUGACUGACACAGGGAGAAGUACACCAAGGGAAAGAAGAGGAACUCCAGAAAAAGAGGUAGUUAAUUUAAUAGCAUUGGAACCGUGUCAACGUGUUUCUUCCAGGGAGCUGUCAUUUAAGAAAGGAGAUACUGUCUACAUCCUCAGGAAAAUCGAUCAAAAUUGGUAUGAGGGAGAACACCACGGCAGAGUGGGCAUCUUCCCGAUCUCAUACGUAGAGAAACUCACACCUCCUGAGAAAGCACAGCCCGCGAGACCACCUCCGCCAGCCCAGCCCGGAGAAAUUGGAGAAGCUAUAGCCAAAUACAACUUCAGCGCAGACACAAACGUGGAGCUGUCACUGAGAAAGGGAGAUAGAGUUAUUCUUCUUAAAAGAGUUGAUCAAAACUGGUAUGAAGGCAAAAUCCCAGGAACCAACAGACAAGGCAUCUUCCCUGUUUCCUAUGUGGAGGUCGUCAAGAAGAACACAAAAGGUGCUGAGGAUUACCCCGACCCUCCAAUACCCCACAGCUAUUCUAGUGAUAGGAUUCACAGCUUGAGCUCAAAUAAGCCACAGCGUCCUGUGUUUACUCAUGAAAAUAUUCAAGGUGGGGGGGAACCGUUUCAGGCUCUGUAUAACUAUACUCCUAGGAACGAAGACGAGCUGGAGCUCAGAGAAAGUGAUGUCAUCGAUGUGAUGGAGAAGUGCGAUGACGGCUGGUUUGUGGGGACCUCAAGAAGAACCAAAUUCUUUGGUACUUUCCCCGGAAACUACGUCAAGAGACUGUGAAUCGCUCUCCCUCCUUCUGUAGGCCACCUGCCAGCCACGCACCUGCAUCAACGCCUGAAACACCCUGCAGGCCUCCCGUCAUCAUGCCUUACGGUUUCCAAUGCACCGUCACCAUCUCCACCUGCCACCAAACCACCAGCAGAGUAACCGCCGCUGCUGUGAGCCUGGGGGCGACAUGGCAGGCUGGCCCCCUCCGUGAAAGUGUGGAUUCCUACUUCCUGCUCUAAGCUUUGACACGUCAAAAUGUGGGAUCAGAAAGAAAAUCAUGAUACUUAAAAAUGGUCAAAUAUUUGAGGCAAAAAAAAAAAAAGUGUCUCCAGGGGGGGCUAUUUCAACACCUCCCCCCAGGCGAUGUUCUCCCCAAAGACGACCAGAAAAUUGUUUAUUGGGAAAUGCUGUGGUUUGCGUUUUCACCUUCUUAGCUUGGCAGUGUAUAUUCUUUUCACAAGUUUGCCUAGUGUCUUGGUUUACACAAUAUGACAACUGUAACUGUACUUUAGCUAGUGUUUGCCUGCACAUACAUGUUGUAAUAUGCACAGUGAUUACCACCUUUAAAGCAAGAGGAGGAAAGUUAAUUUGGAUGAGUGUGAUUUUGUUGAUUGAAUGUAAGUUUUCAAAUAGGAGUCUUUUUCUGCAAAUUUUUUGCACUUUUUAGAAGUGCAAACAGUAAAUGAAUAAGAGCCUUCAGUAAUAAUCAUGACAGUACAAGAGGCUGAGCUAGACUACAGGGCAAAACUAUUGUGUUGUAAAGUUGCAUCGCUAUUUUAUAUUAAAAUGUAAUGAUCAGCAUCAUGAACAAUGAGCUCUUAGUGUUUUAUUUAUCUGAAAAAAAAUGUAAGUAAAAGCAGUGUUAGUGAGAGGUGCAAAGAAUUAUUCUAACAUAGACACUUGAAAGUAUCUGUAAGCAAUACUAGUAGGUAAGAUUUCACUGUGUGUACACAUACACAUUUGAGAUUGUAUGAGAACAUAUAAUCCAUAUGCGAUGUUGUACAUUUUAUGGAAAUGUAAUAGAAUCUCACACAUUAUUUUAUAGAAAUAGAGUACAGAAGCAUCACAAGUAUUAAAGUUGGUUUUAGCAAGGAUUAUGAUUAAUACAAUUAUUUUUACUAUAAUAAUUAUUUUUCUUCUAUGGAACUCAGAAUCCUGGCUACAUUUGAGGACAGGAAUAUGUUGAGCCUGAUUUUCCUGGUGUGUGUAAAAUAUUUCCUAGGAAUAAAUUAGGCACUUUUUAGAAACAAUGUUAAAUCAUUCAGGUUUUAUUUUCUGCCCUGAAGCAGAAAUUUACAAAAUGAUAUUGGGACCUGGAAGGUUUAAUAUAGUUCACAGUGCCUGAAUUACACAUACGCCAAGAACUAGCUUUGUAUUUCUUAUGACUUUGCAUAAGAACUAUUCAUCUUUGGAUCUUGAGCACCUUAUAGAUAAAACUUUUUAUGGCAUUUCUUUCGUGGACAGUGAUUGAUCUUUUCACAAUGUACGUAGUCUUUAGAAUUUUGUACAUAUGUUUGCUCUUUUUUUGUACAGAAUAUUUAGUUUAGUUGUUGAGAAAACAGGGGAGUUUCCUAAUUUGGUCUUUAUCCUGCGACAACACUUUCAGCAGACUAGCCUCUCCCUAUCUCACAGAUCACAAGCACCCCUAGAUAAUGUGAUUCUGUCAGAUAGCAUUUAUGCAAAAAUCUAUGAAGUUAAAAGAUCGUAGAAGCCAAACUGAAAUGUACAUAUCUACUGACUGAUGACAAGGGAAUUUCAUUAGGACGAAGGUAAAGCAACAUCUUUGAGUAGGCUACCUUGAUUUCUGUCAAGUUCACAACCAGCUUCGUAUUUUAAAGGCUUCAGGUUUGAAAUUAAGUCAACUGCAUGCAGCUUUGCUGAUAAAUGAAUAAUUCUCUUUGAUGCCAUUUAUGAGAAAAGACUUCAAUAUCUGUUGCCUGUCAUAUUUAAGAAAAAUUACUGUUUCUACUCUCUGUAUCUGAUUUUAAAAGAAAAAAAAAGAUUCAUACCUGGCUUCCAGGUAAUUGACUUUGAAUUCUUACAAGCAAAGGUCAUUGUGUUUUUCUUGAAUAGACAUCUAAUAAAUUUUGCUUGGAAGUAUA